AUGGUCAACUCCUGUUGUGGUUCCAUCUGCUCUGACCAAGGCCUCUGUCAAGAAACCUGUUGUGCUCCUACCUGCUGCUCGCAGACCACCUGCUGCCGCCCCAGCUGCUGCAGACCAACGUGCUGCCAGUCUGUUUGCUGCCAACCAACCUGUUGCAGCCCUUCCUGCUGCCAGUCUAGUUGCUAUCGCCCCACCUGUUGCCAAACCACUUGUUGCCGCACAACUUGCUGGCGUCCCAGCUGCUCUGUGUCCAGCAGCUGCCAGCCCUGCUGCCGCCCCGCCUGCUGCCAGACCACUUGCUGUAGAACUACCUGCUUCCCUUCAGCCUGUUGCAGGUCCUCCUGCUGCUGA